UGGAGUGAUACACAGAAAAAUUAUUUGUGAUAAAUGUUUUUUUUUUUUUUAAUUUUUUAAAACAAAGAGAUUCUAGAUAUAUAACGCCAUCCAAUCCUAAUAUCCUAUCCUUGUCCUAUGUUUUUUCUUGUUUGGUUGGUCUUCCUAUAUUGCUCUCAUUACUUUUAAAGACCCCAUUUUGUACCUUCCUUGUAUCCACACUCCCUCCCUCUUUCCCAUUCUGAAAAUUUUUCUCAAUUGUGCAGAUUCACAGAAUGAGAAUGCAAUAGAUUCUUAUUUAAAAAUUCAACCUUUACAAGCUUUUAAAUCUGUUAGCACAGAGUGUCUUUGCUUUGUUCAUUUUCACAAAAUCAAAAAGCUUCAAUCUUUGCCAAGACUAAGAAGAUGAGCACUGUAAAUCUCACAUGGGUUCAAACCUGUUCCAUGUUCAACCAAGGAGGUAGAUCCAGAUCCUUAUCAACUUUCAAUCUCAAUCUCUACCACCCUUUGAAAAAAACACCCUUUUCAAUCCAAACCCCAAAACAAAAACGACCCACUUCACCAUUUUCAUCAAUCUCAGCUGUUCUAACCGAGCAAGAAGCCGUUAAAGAAGGCGAUGAAGAAAAAUCCAUCUUCAAUUUCAAGUCUUACAUGGUCCAAAAAGCCAACUCAGUCAACCAAGCUUUAGACUCAGCCGUUUUGCUCAGAGAUCCCAUUAUGAUACACGAGUCCAUGCGUUACUCACUCCUCGCCGGAGGAAAACGAGUCAGACCCAUGCUCUGUCUCUCAGCCUGUGAACUCGUCGGCGGAAAAGAAUCCGUAGCCAUGCCGGCUGCCUGCGCCGUCGAAAUGAUCCACACCAUGUCUCUAAUCCACGACGACCUCCCUUGUAUGGACAACGAUGACCUCCGCCGUGGAAAGCCCACAAACCACAAAGUCUUCGGAGAAGACGUGGCCGUUUUAGCCGGCGAUGCACUUUUAGCCUUUGCUUUUGAGCACAUGGCGGUCUCUACCGUUGGUGUUCCGGCAGCCAAGAUUGUCAGGGCGAUUGGUGAGCUUGCUAAGUCAAUUGGGUCAGAAGGAUUAGUGGCUGGUCAAGUGGUUGAUAUUGAUUCAGAGGGUUUGGCUAAUGUUGGGCUUGAACAACUUGAGUUCAUUCAUCUCCAUAAGACUGGGGCUCUUCUAGAAGCUUCUGUUGUUUUGGGGGCUAUUCUUGGUGGUGGUACAGAUGAAGAAGUUGAAAAACUUAGGAGCUUUGCUAGGUGUAUUGGCUUGCUUUUUCAGGUUGUUGAUGACAUUCUUGAUGUGACUAAAUCUUCUCAAGAAUUGGGUAAAACUGCUGGGAAAGAUUUGGUGGCUGAUAAGGUUACUUAUCCAAGGCUAAUGGGUAUUGACAAAUCAAGAGAAUUUGCUGAGCAAUUGAACACAGAAGCCAAACAGCAUCUUUCUGGUUUUGAUCCCAUAAAGGCUGCUCCUUUAAUUGCUUUGGCUAAUUAUAUUGCUUAUAGGCAAAAUUGAUAUCAUUUAAUAUUUUAUUAGUACAAUAAUAAUUAGUGCUGCUGCUCUACUUUGGUAUGUAUAUGUUCAAAUUGUUUUGGUGGAGUUAGUUCACUAUACUACAGCUUAAGUCAAAUCUUGCAAAAAAAAUUCUUAUACUUUAUGAUGAGUUGAUCUUGUUUUGAGCAUUCUCAAUGAAAUAAAAAUAUUUUCUCUGUCUGUUUUAA